AUGGCACGAGAGAAUGAUGAACGACAGCAGAGCAACGACGAACAGCAGCCACUCCUCGGCUCCCACUCUGACGCUGGCGAAGGUGGUGAUAGUCGAGAUACGCGAGCCCUCAUCUCCUUUACGGACGAAGACAAGGAGAACCCACGACAAUGGACCCGAGUACACAAGAUGACCAACGUCUUCAUCAUUGCCUUGAUGAGCAUCCUGUCACCUCUAGCAUCCUCCAUGUUCACACCGGGCAUAGAACAGAUCGCUGAGAGCUUGGAGACGAACACACAGACGGUGAUAGGAUGUACGACAGGCUUCGUCAUAAUGCUGGGCGUAGGACCGUUGAUAUUGGCUCCGUUGAGUGAGACGUUCGGAAGACGUAUAGUAUACUUGGUCUGCUUCACCAUCUUCACACUGCUGCAGAUUCCAAGCGCGUUGGCACCGAACAUAGCCACCUUGAUUGCCAUGCGUACGCUCAGCGGCUUGUUCGGCAGUGUAGGAAUAGCAAACGGAGGUGGCACGAUAUCAGACAUGUUCCCACCGAAACAACGAGCAGGAAUAUUCGGCUGGUAUCUGCUAGGCCCACUACUUGGCCCAACACUUGGACCAUUGUUUGGUGGAAUCAUAGUCCAGAGACUCGAUUGGCGCUGGAUUUUCUGGGUCCUGACUAUCGUCUGCGCCGCCAACACGAUCGCGGGAUACAUCUUUCUCAAAGAGACAUUCGCUCCUGUGCUCCUUCAGCGGCGAAAGCAACGCCUAGAGAACGAAGAGAAUACGUGGAAUAAGUACCGUCUCGAGAACGAAGACGACAGACCGUUCUGGCGCAAGCUAGCCAGCUCGCUCGCGCGCCCUCCGAGGAUUCUGUUCCAGCCUAUUGUUCUGACGAUGAGCACAUACCAAGCUCUAAUCUUCGGCACAACAUACAGUAUCUACACGAACAUGCAGCCAAUCUAUCAAGGCGAAUAUGGCUUCAAUACCGAGCAAGUCGGCCUGCUGUAUCUGGGACCCGGUCUAGGCUUCUUAGCCGCAGUAUGGUUUCUGGUGCCACGGAUCGACACAGUAUACAAUCGCUUAACAGAGAAGAAUGGCGGUAAAGCGCGGCCAGAGUUUCGGCUGCCACUUGCUAAUAUCGGUGCUAUCCUGAUCCCGAUAUCACUUUUCUGGUUCGCGUGGACGGUAGAGUACCAUAUGCACUGGAUUGCCUCUAUCAGUGCCACCUUCUUCUACGGUCUUGGUCAAGUGAUGAUACUCAAUACCACGCAGAACUACUAUAUCGACAGUUUUGAGAAGUACGCCGCUUCUGCUAUUGCUGCAGGUGCUCUAUUCAGGAGUCUGAUUGGUGGGGUGGUGCCUCUGCUUGCUCCGGCUAUGUUUGAUAAGCUCGGAUAUGGUUGGGGUGUAAGCGUUUUCGGCUUCCUGAGCGUGGCCAUAGCACCGGCUCCGAUUGUGCUGUACUACUAUGGUCAGAGGAUCAGGGAGGCGUUCACGAUUGAGCUUUGA